AUGGACGACUCAGAUUUUGUAGAGAAAUCGCUUAAGCCAACCAGAGAAAUAAAAGAUAAGUCAGAAAGCGAAAUUAUUUUAAAUUCAAUAAUUAGAAGUGAUUAUCUGCUACCGGGCGGUGAUAAAGACAAGUGCUUCGAAUUAAAAAAUUUGGAUGAAUUGCGCAAAUCGUUACAUAUCAAUCAUUGCUUGGAUCAGCAAGAAGCAUGCAACAAAUAUGAAAUAGAAAAGGAAGAGUGGAAGAAAGUAGUGGAUUGUCCUAUAUGCGGUGAACCUUUACAGCCAGGACCAUUUCGUGCAUCACACGCUAAACGUUGUGGUAAAAAGCAUCACGUAAAUCCUAGCAGUCUAUUGUUACUGCUAGAUACACAGAAUAAAAUUGCGGAAGCGAAAAAACAAAAUGGUAUUCCACAUACAAAGCUGAAGAAGCCAAAACUAGAAAUAAAAAAGCGUCCUACUCGAUUAAGUGAGGAACCACACUCAGUAUUUGAUGAACAGAUGAAACUGGUGACAGCACUUUCUAAAAGCAUGUGCUCGAGUGGAAGCGAACUAUAUACUAAAACAACGCAUGUGAUACCACAGGAUCUAUCUAAAAUGAAGUCCGAAAAGCAACGACCUCGAUCAUUUUCGUUUGUGGAGCUUGAACCACGUGUAUGCAAGUGUGAAGUGAUUGAAAGAAUACAGGAGAAUUUUCUUAGAAUUUUCCAAACUCGAGAUGAAGAUAUACGCAUAAUGUUGAAAAAAAAUAUUCAGAAUACGGAAAAAGUUUUGAAAAAUGCAGGGAUAUGCGUGCGUAAGUUUAAUAGCUUGGAACAACUGGCAGAUGAUUUAGCUACCUUUAAUGAAAGCAACAGUGAUGUUAUUAUUCUUUCACGUGAAAACGAAACUUUUUUGGCUUGCCGAUUUAUUAUAGCUGCUCGAGCACCAACACUUUUACAGCACUUGAAUUCGGAUGGUUCUUUGAAGUUGAGAGAAUAUUCAGGAGCAGCAAUCAGGUCGUAUAUGACUUUUUUAACUUCGGCUUCAGUAAUUUGGACUGAAAAAGAGCGCGAAGAAGUAUAUUCUAUGGCUGUAAAAUAUGGACCGAAGGGUUUAGCAGCACUUUGUAGAUCUGCGAAAUUGAGAGCAAGCUCCAAUGAAGAAACUGUGAAUAUGAAUUGUGAUAACUUGGAAGAAGCUUCAAACAAGGAAAAAAAUGACGAAAUCAAAGGAAGACAGGAUUAUUCAGAUGCAAAACAUAAAAUCUAUGAUGACGGGAUGGAAGAAGCGAAGGAUGCAGAUUUGGUUGAUCCAUCAAUUAUCUUUGUUGAAGAAGUUGAGCGGGGCUCAGAAAAUUUGGCUAAACCAUCAUCAUCAGAAUUCCUAAAUAGCAACGGUAAUAAAUUCAUUAUUGGAAGUUCUGACUUACUUGGUUACUCGGUAUUUGAUUGUAAGAAGUCAUCGAUGAACGAGAAAUCUGGAUUUUCAGAGAAGGGAAUUGUUAAAUCUUCUAAACCAAAUAAUUCUUUAUUGGGAAAUACAGUUGACAGUGAUGCUCUUCUUCCUUCCUCUUCUCUUACUCCUUAUGCUUCAAUAAAUCUAAAUGCCAUGAGUCAUUUGAAUGAUUCCAUCGAAAGCUUGUUAAAGAAAUCUUCACCAAUCGAACCACCGUCGUUACUCGAUGAAGAAUUUUCAUCUUCAGUUACUUGUUCGAGGCAGAUAGUAAUCGACAAUUUGUCAGAUAAUUUAUCAUCGGAAAAGCUCCUUAUCUUACCUUAUUCUGCUCCUAAAUCUGAAGAAACGCAGAAAUCUUUGAUAAAAACGGAAAGUAAGCCAGAGUUUUCAUUUAUUCCAAAAAAGUCCUCUCCCUUAUCGUCAUCAUUAUCACUACUCGAUCGAUCUUCCGUUUCUCAGAAAAAUGUUUCUUCAUCACCCGAAAAGAAAAGAAUACGAGUAGAAAAAACUCCAGUACCAAAAGCUUCAAUAAAUCGUCUCAUACGGCGCUUAAAAGAGCAAGAUUCGGACGUAAAGAUCCUGAAAACAGAAAAUAUUACUCCAAUACCAGUCUAUGAUUCGAUGGAUGAUAAGGAGUUAAAGGCAGAAUUGGCAAAAUUUGGCAUAAGGCCAAUGGGUAAGAAACGAGCUGUUGCACUCCUUAAGAAAAUUUAUGAAGAAACACAUCCAGUGUUAGAGAGCACACCAUUGUCAAGGAAAAGCAAAAUAUUAUUAAAUAGCGAUAAAGUAGAAUCUUCUAGUGAUGAAGAUUGCGAUGUAGACAAGACAUUGAACGCAAGUCUGGAUGAAUGUGACAUCAUGGAGGAAUCUUGUAUGAAUGAUGAACAGUCUGCAGUUCUCCCCAAAGAUUUGGAAGGUAUGCAGAGCGUUCUGCUUAACUGGCUACGCAAAGAAGAAAAUUCAAGCUUAUAUAACCAUCUACUUAGCCUAAACGUGAUUUCUUUUGAAGAAUUUGCGAACCGUUUAUCUCAUGCUGAUUCGACUGUGUCACAGAUUCCGAAGAAGGCACUUUUAGAAAUACUAGAUCGUUUGCAUGUUACUUUUCGGUUACCAAUGGAUGGAUGGGAUCGGAAAAGGAGGCCGGCUAAACAAUAA